UGUUUCUCUCUGCGGGCAGCGGGGGUCUGCGUGUUCACCGUGGCAGUGCGUGACAGGGGGAGAUGCGCGUGCGUCUCUGCGCUCCACCUCACGCGCUGAAAACCGCACAACUGGGGCAUGCGUUUACUCAGCACAGCGCACCAACAAGCUGCUGUAGUCUGUGGCAGAUCCACGGGAAGAAAACGGCGUCUUAGGUCGGUCUCUCUAUUCUUUAUUUUAUUUCUUUUUCGCUUCCCAUCCCUUCCGUGUCGGAUUAUUUCAGGUUUUGGAGAGAGGUUGCAGUUUCUUGUUUUAGUGGGGAUAUACCGCAAAGACACAGAUGUGAAACGGCAGAGAGUGUCUCCUGUCUACCUGCUGCAGAUCUGCUGUGGUUGGCUGUGGAGGACUGAGACUCUGCAAAAGCUGCAAGUCUCAUCACCGUCAACAUCUGCCACAUCAAACAGGACAAGACACCAGAGGACCGAGACUGCUUUUCAGCUGAUCAAAGGAGCAGCCGUCAGAAAGUACCUGUAGACGAUGACUCCGGCGGAGCUGAUUGCUUGAAAGCAGCAUGAGAUAACUGAGGAGUACUGUACUAACCGCUGAUUCGAGCAGUAUUUUUUUUUUUUCCCCUUUUUCUUUUUUCCUCUCUCUCUCUGCUGAAAAUGUUCCGGUGUGUCAGUUGACUGACGGGGUUGCAGUGGUGUUCUAGCACGGGACACAGCCAGCAGGGGAAGCGCAGACACCACAGCAGCAGGGAGGGAGGAGGGGGAGGAGAUGGCUCGUCCGGGAUCGGGGCUGCUGGUGCCCAUGAGUGGCUUGGGGUACCCCCCUCAGAACCUGGCCAGGGUGGUGGUCUGGGAGUGGCUGAACGAACACGGGCGCUGGCGGCCCUACAGCGCGGCCGUCUGCCACCACAUCGAGAACGUGCUGAAGGGGGACGCCCGGGGGAGCGUGGUCCUCGGCCAGGUGGACGCCCAGCUCUCCCCUUACAUCAUCGACCUGCAGUCCAUGCACCAGUUUCGACAAGACACAGGCACCAUGAGACCAGUGCAGAGGAACUUCUAUGAGCCGUCGUCCGCCCCGGGGAAAGGGGUGGUGUGGGAGUGGGAGAACGACAACGGCUCGUGGACGCCGUACGACAUGGAGAUCUGCGUCACCAUCCAGAACGCCUACGAGAAGCAGCACCCCUGGCUGGACCUGACCUCUCUGGGCUUCUGCUACCUCAUCGACUUCAACAGCAUGUCCCAGACCAACAGGCAGAGCCAGCGCAAGCGGCGGCUGCGGCGCCGCAUGGACCUGGCCUACCCGCUCAUCAUGGGCUCCAUCCCCAAGUCCCAGUCCUGGCCCGUGGGCGCCAGCUCCGGCCAGCCCUGCUCCUGUCAGCAGUGCAUCCUGGUCAACAGCACCAGAGCCGCCUCCAAUGCCAUUUUGGCCUCUCAGCGGCGUAAGCUCUACGGAGGGACGGCGGGCAACCCGGGCGCCACGGGAACCCUCACCGUGGUGAGGCAGAGCAACACCUUCGCCGGCACCUCCCUCUGGUCGCCGACGUCCGGCUCCUCCAGCACCAACAACAACAACAUAAGCGUGGGAGGCGGGCAAGCCAACGCCGAACAGGUGCAGUCGCCGCUGUCCUCUGCCAACUUCCCCUGUUCCCCCGUGAUGCCGUCUCUUUCAUCCGCUCACGGCCACCACGCGCUCACCAUCAACGGACAGAACAACCUGAACCGGCCGGGCACCCAGCGCAUUUCCGUGGGGACUGCCAGAGGAGCCAUCCCGCCAGGUGUUCCUGCCCUCCCGGUGAAGAACCUGACCGGCUCUGGACCGGUACACCCGGCACUAGCAGGUAUGACGGGUAUCCUGAUGUGCGCUGCAGGUUUGCCAGUCUGUCUGACUCGGGCGCCGAAGCCUAUUCUUCACCCACCGCCCAUCAACAAGAGCGACAUGAAGCCCGUGCCGGGGAUCAACGGCAUGCGCCGCAAAACCAAGAAGAAGCACCUGAGGAGAGGGAAAAACCCGGAAGAUGUGGUUCGGAGAUAUACAGAGAAGAUUAAAGUGGUUCCAGACGAGGACUGUACCAUCUGCAUGGAGAGGCUGGUCAUGUCGUCCGGCUAUGAAGGCGUCCUGCAGCACAGAGGCAUCAAGCCAGAGCUGGUGGGCAAACUUGGCAAAUGUGGGCACAUGUACCAUCUGCUGUGCCUGGUGGCCAUGUACAACAAUGGCAAUAAGGAUGGCAGCCUUCAGUGUCCAACAUGCAAAACCAUCUACGGGGAGAAAACGGGCACCCAGCCCCCGGGGAAGAUGGAGUACCACGUCAUCCCCCACUGCCUGCCCGGCUACCCAGACUCCAAGACCAUCCGGAUCGUCUACGACAUUCCUGCCGGGAUCCAGACCAAUGAGCACCCCAACCCGGGGAAGAAGUUCAGUGCGAGAGGUUUUCCUCGACACUGCUACCUCCCGGACAACGACAGAGGCAGGAAGGUCCUGAAGCUGCUGAUCAUGGCCUGGGACCGACGCCUCAUCUUCACCAUCGGGACGUCCAGCACCACGGGCGAGUCGGACACGGUGGUUUGGAACGAGAUCCACCACAAGACAGAGUUUGGUUCCAAUCUGACUGGCCACGGCUACCCGGACCCCAACUACUUGGAAAACGUCCUGACGGAGCUGUCGGCCCAGGGGGUCGGCGAGGACAACCUGAAGGACUGACGGCUGCCUGAGCCGGAGGACAGGACCGCAGCCGACCACGCUCCGUCAUCUCCACCAGAGAGCGGCGUCACGGGCCGACGUGCAGCCGACUCUUUACCCCCCCCCCCCACCCCAACACACGACUAGAUCCAGCAGAAGUGAUGGCGCGAGAGCAAAGGAAGCAAAAAAUCCCCCCCUCCCCCCCCCUCCCUGCUGUCCCCUGAUUCACGGAUGCUGUGUCCAUGGCGGAGUGUCUCAGAAGGCUGGGGUUUGAUGUGGAUGUCAGUCCCAUCUGUGAUUCAGACUGAAGCCGUCCAGAUGCAGCCGGGAUAAAAUGCCACGGUUCCUGAGGUAUAUACGGCAUAUGAAGGUUUAUUUGUAAAUGCUAAACUCUCCGAUGCAUGGUCCUGAUGAGAAAAUAUCUCCAGUCGGGGGAAGAGUAGACGGAGCAGCUGUUGCUAGAUAUUGUGGAGAUACAUUUUUCUGAGAAUUUCCCAUAUAAAAAGAAAUCUAAGUAAAUCUAUUACAUUUUUAUCAUGAAUUGCUGAUCAGUCACAAGAGUUACAGCUUGAAUUUUUUUGACUUGAAGAAGAAGAGAUUUGAUGAUGUCAUUCCGGAUUAUCCGAUGCGGCGGCCGGGUUUUUCUGUAAAAGACGGGAAUGUGUUGAGUGUUGCAUGACGUAGAUUCCACAGAGCUGGGGAGUAGUUUGGUAGUAAAUGUACGUCGUCUGGUUAACCUUGUGGACCGUGAGUGAGGGGAGGCGUGGAACAGACGGGGCGAGCGUCUGACGAGUUGCUGCGAGGUGUUGUAAUUUCGAACGGCGGAGGUUGUGAAGUGGAAUCUGUGCUCAUGCUCCAAGGUUAAACUCAUUUGUUUUGUUGACACUCGGAUGGCGCCGGCCUCUGUGAAUAUAAAGCCCGCAUUAUUAUUCUCGCUGUUGGAGCUCACGCAGGCGUUGGCAUGAUCCAUCAUGCUGGCCAUACAUGAGGAGCGAGCGUGGCGAUUGCGUGCUCUGAGGCAUUAAUGUGCCGGCUCCGGGUCCUUGAGGGAGAAUACGCUGAGCACACAAAUGGACGCUCCUCUUUCAAACACACAGAUUACCCUUGGAGAUCCAGCUGAGGCGGCGCCGCUGCUCGGCUGUCAUCCGCGAGUCUCCAGCGAGCCCGUUUGCUGUUGGGGCGGCUCGCCGCUGGCGCGGGGAGCAUUGAAACAUCUUAUUUCCUGGAUGAGUACAGAGUCGUUAGGGUCAAUCCUGCUGGAUUGCCUUGCCCCCAAUCUCCUCCUCCUUUUCAUCCACACAGCCCCUCAAUUGAGGAACCAUGCAAAUGCUCGCCUGGUGUGUUGUUGGUGAGGAAGUAUUUCCCCCAGUGCUCCCUUCUCCCACUGAGACUCGGUGCCCAGGAGCUAAUGACUUUUCGAAGGUCCUCGGCGGAGAUCUUGUGAUGUUUCUUUACUCUGAGAUUAAAGAUAACCCAGUGCUGCAGUAUAGAUGAUCAGUUUUAAUGCGCAGGGGUGCUGGGGUUGGGUUUAUGAUGCGGGCACCCAGCUGGGGGGUUAAUCUUGGGGUGAAUCAUAAGUCUUCCAUAGCACUUUGAGGCAACAUUUUUGUUUAAUCUGUCAUUUAUUUUUAGAGGAAAAAAAGUCUUAAAAUACAACUAAAUCUGUCUUUUUUUAUGUUGAUGUUUAUAAACUGGCUUGCGAUGCUUUAAAAUAUAUAAAUAUAUAUGUCUAUAAUAUACAUUUGCAGAUGUGACAUACCUUUAAAUUCAAGCUCAAUUUGAGUCAAUGGUGUAAGUUUAAUUUAUUUUUGUACUCUUCUAUAUAAAAAAAAAAUAUAAAGACUGUCCCACAUAUCUAUACACAGGCACAUAUUAACAUGAAUACAUAAAAAUCUGGCAAAGGUUUUGUCAGUAUGUCAGGGACUGAAACAUGUAUGACUUGUUAUGGACGUCUUAUAUUACAAAUAGUCUUAGCGUAUGCUGCUGUCGUUACCUUAAUGUAGAAUCUAUGUAGUUGAUUCCCUGAGGGACACCAAUAAAAACCAGUCAAUGUGUCUGUAAGGAUUGAUGGGGGAGCUUUAGCAGCAUGAAGAGGGCCGUUCCCCGCCUCCCUGCGAAGGGGCCAUUUCACUUUUUCUACCUGUCCAGAAACAUGGGAAAAGGAUGCAUUCUGCCAUUUAUUUCAGUUUGGUGUCAAGGUGAAAACAGCCUGGGACAGAGAUCAGCUGCGAAUACUCUUAAGAGUUUGUUUUAGCCGACUAAAGCGACUUAAUGGCAAGAUCGGAAUCAUAUACACAUUGAAAUACACGUUCUUGCUCAGUGUUUGUGUUAAUACUCGGUUUUUAUAGCUACAUCUGUGCAUCGUACAGGUUCAUCUCAAAAAAUGGGAAUAUCAUUGGAUUUUCAGCUAUUUGUACUCCUGUUUCCCCACUUGAAGAACAGAGAAGUUAGUUCUUGACUGGGAUAUUUGCUACUUUUAGAGAGAAAUGGACACAGUGUGCCCAGAUGACGUGUUGAGGGAAUGCUGCAGGAUCUCCCAAAUCUAAUAACAGUGAUGUCAAUCUUUUCCCGCAGCAGGAAAACGAAUGUUUCUGUUCUAAUUGAGCGCAUAUAGAUGUUAACCCUCUCAUGACGGAAGGCCACAUGGAUUCAUUUGGAUUUUUGAAAUAUGAUUUUAAAGAUUAUGCAUAUUUUCCAUAUCAGCUGGCGAUUCUAGUCUAAUUUUUUGAGAUGCAUCUGUACUCGUACCGCACAGUUUCCUGACAGUCGCUCUUUGCAGCGUCGUCGUAACUCAGCCACCCUUCAUGAAGCGCCGUGUCUGUGAUCAGCCUGCAUCCAUAACGCUCGCGGCAGGCUUGGAUCUCAACAGAUUUGCAGCUGUUUGGCUCGCAGCAGAUGUCACAUCAUGUAUCAAUGCAAUAUUAAGCCUUUGAAUACAAUCACUUUCAGCAGCAUCGACUACGAGGAGAUUGGAAUCGUAUUAACCAGCUGACAGGUAGAGGCCUUCAAACGAGUUGUUACGUUAUUCUGGAGCUGUUGAGUAAAACUGGAUGCAAACUUUUUAUAGCUUCUUCUUGCGUGUGUGUAUGUGAGUGUGUGUGUGUGUGUAUGUGUGUGCAGGCGGCGUGUGUUUUCUCUCUCGGCUGAGUAAGUUCAACUUUCUUGAAUGUACACGAGCUAAAACAAACUACUAACAGUAAUUGUCAGUCUUUUUAGUCCCGAGUUUCAAGACAGUCGUUUCUUUGACUUGUUCCAUUUCGAGUUUUCUCCUUCAUAACUUUUCGAUGCCCUUUGUAAAAAAAAAAACAAGAAAAAAAAGAUAUGAAUGAAAAGAAAAAUGGGGCAGCAGGAGCGAAUGCUUCCAAUCUAUCAGGGAAAUUUCUCCAUCUUGACUCAAGUUUCACCAACUAGAGAAAUCCAAAUGAUGGCUUCUUUGACUUUUUCCUUUUCCAUGUGUUGGUCUUGUAACACGGACGAUGCAGGCCCUUUAGACUUUUCAGGUGUGUACAGAGCUAAAUGGGAAUGGCGAAUUAAAAAACGCGGUUUGAUGUUUGUCUCACUUCAAAAGCGAAAGAGAUGGUUUUUAUGCAAUUUACUAUUUUUAAAGAUCUAUUUCAUGAGUUUGUGUGUAGCAAGAAGGCUGAUUUCAUUUGGUUUGAAUGACAGUGGAUGUUUUUCUUUACGGGGUUCCUACCUCCAGGUUUAUAAACAACAGCGAUCGUAAUCCGGAGACGUUCACAUGUAUUAGAAAACAUAUAUUUUUGAUGUCUUUUUUUUAACGGACUCUUACAUUACAUUGCUGUAUUACUCUUAUUAAUACUCAUUCCAUUCUGUUAUAUUUGAUCAGAGAUGGGAUAAGGGAUGAAUUAUCACUUUGUCCUUACAUAUGAAGUAUUUACAGUUGUACUCUCCUGUGGUGUCUACUGCAAACUAUACUUCUCUCUCUAAAUGAUCUUGUGUGGAUAUACUGAGUGUUUGUGUCUGUUGGUCUGUGUGUGUGUGUGUGUGUGUGUGCGUGUGUGAGUGAGUGCCAAGUGGGCGUCUAAGUAGACAAAGCUUAGGUUCAUGUCCUUUAAAGAUACAGUAAUGUUCUCCUAGAGGUGCAUGUUAACCGAACUGUGAGGCGAUGCAUAGCUUUUCUGCAUAUGAACCCAUCCUAGCUUCUUUAGAAACAUCACCCUGGUUUACUGGUGAUUUAGCACUGUGGUUUUUGCAACUUACUCCAGUUAGAUAGAAAAGAAGAAGAAAAAAAAAAAAAGCCUAUAUUUUCUCCUUUGGCUUUGGUUUCCACAGAUGGGGAUGUGAUAGCGUUUGGCUUCUUCCCCUUUACUUUUGUGACAACAUGUGAAACAUCUGAAUGUUUUGCAUUUUAAGUGCCCAUUUAAUUGACAUUUCCGAAUCAUGAGUUGCGCGGUUUUCUCUAAAGCGGCGUCUGCAUAUUGCUGUUUGAAAUGGUUCACAAAGAGAAAAUGAGAGCAACUUAAAGCAAGAUGUAGAGAGACAUUGAUUAACUAUAAAGGGCUUCUUAAUCUAUCGGUCUUUAUUGAAUUGUGAUGACCUUGUUGCAUGUUUGUGUGUUUCUUGUGGAACAAUAAAUGUGCCCUCGAUGGGGGGUGGUUUGUUUGA